AUGGACGCGAGAAUCUACGACCAGUCCAUCGUCACCAUGGCCACCGGGGUCGCCACCAACGGGACCUCGAACCCCAACACGGCCAAAGUGAAGCUGAGCUACACUGACACCAAGAGCAGCACCUGGUCCGGCAAUGUGUCCCUCAAGGUCGGGGUGAAGAUUACCAUCAAGACCGGCAUCCCGUUCCUCGCGGAAGGGCACAUCGAGAUUACCGGUGAGCUCUCCGGAAGUUACACAUGGGGCGAGACCAACGAGUCGUCAAACACGUUGGAGACCGAGUACGAGGUCAAUGUGGCGCCUCAGAGCUUGACCCGAAUCAGUCUGUUGGCCACUAGAGGAUCUUGUGACAUCCCCUACUCCUAUACCCAGAGGGACACUCUCACCAACGGCAACCAGGUUACUUAUCGGAUGGACGACGGUGUCUACACCGGCGUCAAUUCCUUCAACUUCAAGUACGAGACCAAGGAGGAGAAGCUCUAA